AUUACUUCUGUGUGGACUGUGUGUGGAAGUAGAGAGAGACACUACAGAGAGAAAAAAGAGAGAGAGAGAGAGUGAGAGACGUUACUUUGACGCCGGUGAGUUCCGCUCACACUUGCCGGAAAAUCUAUUUUCCGUUUCUUGUUUGUUACUCUUCAGCUGAACUACAUAUGCUCCGUUCCCACAUUUCACUGUUUCUGGAUCGAGUCUUCUGCUACACUGGCUGCUGAUUUUUUCAUCAGCUCUGCUUUGUUUCACUUUGAAGAUCUUCUAGAGGAAAAAAGUACCUUACUUGCGAAGUGGGGUUUAGGAUUCGGUGUGCAGUCUUCAUCUUCAGUGACCCUUACUUAUUUCAGUUACUUUUGAUACUUUUCCAUUAAUUCCCUCAGUCACAAAUGCCACUGCAGAGUUGUGUUCGCCCCAUUCCUUCUUUCACCAUAACUCUCAAGUCUAGCCGUUACUGAAAUAAAAAAAGUUUGUUUUUUCUUUAUUCUGAAGUUGGGUUUUGGGAUUUGGUUGUUUUAUCCAAAUUCGGAGGCUUUGGCCCUCUUUACUUGUUUUUCCCAGCUCAAUUUCACAUGGGUGUUUAGGGCUCUAAAAUGCGAGCGUUAUUUUCGAGCAUGAGAGGUUUUCUUUUUCUUGUGUUGUUGUUGGAGGUGGUUUUGUUGGCGGUGACGGCGGUGAACCCCUCUCUGAACGACGACGUUUUGGGGCUGAUUGUGUUCAAAGCUGACUUACGAGAUCCGAAGGGGAGACUUGCGUCUUGGAGCGAGGACGAUGAGAGUGCUUGUGGGAGUGGUUGGGUUGGGGUGAAGUGCAACCCUAGAUCCAACAGAGUGGUGGAGGUUAACCUUGAUGGGUUUUCUCUCUCUGGGAGAAUAGGUCGAGGGUUGCAAAGGUUGCAGUUUCUAAGGAAGCUUUCUCUGGCGAACAACAACCUCACUGGGGGGAUAAACUCCAACAUUGCUCAAAUAGAUAGCCUUAGGGUCAUCGAUUUGAGUGGCAACAGUCUCUCAGGGGAAGUGUCUGAGGAUGUAUUCCGACAAUGUGGGUCUCUCAGGGCUGUUUCCUUGGCCAGGAACAGGUUUUCUGGGUCCAUUCCCUCUACUUUAGGUGCGUGUUCUGCUCUUGCUGCUAUUGACCUUUCUAAUAACCAGUUUUCUGGUUCUGUCCCCUCUGGGAUUUGGUCUUUGAGUGCUCUUAGGUCCCUGGAUUUGUCUGAUAACUUGUUGGAGGGAGAGAUUCCUAAGGGGGUUGAGGCCAUGAAGAAUUUAAGGACUGUUAACUUGGCUAGGAAUCGGUUGACUGGGAAUGUUCCUGGUGGGUUUGGGAGCUGUUCGCUUUUGAGGUCCAUUGAUUUGGGGAAUAAUUCAUUUUCUGGAAGUAUUCCUGGUGAUUUCAAGGAACUUGCAUUGUGUGGUUACCUUAGUUUACGAGGGAAUGCUUUUUCUGGAGAGCUUCCUGAGUGGAUUGGGGAGAUGAGAGGUCUUGAGACGUUGGACCUUUCAAACAAUGCACUCACUGGUCGGAUUCCAAACUCUAUUGGAAAUCUUCAGUCAUUGAAGAUGUUGAAUUUUUCUGGGAAUAGUUUCACUGGUAGUCUGCCUGAGUCUAUGGCUAAUUGCAUGAAACUUUUGGUGUUGGAUGUCAGCCGAAAUUCGAUGUCCGGGGGGCUUCCAUUGUGGAUUUUCAAGUCUGAUUUGGACAAGGUUUUGCUGUCGGAAAAUGUAACAAGUGGUAGCAAGAAAAGCCCUUUGAUUUCCUUGGCCGAAGUUGCUGUUCAAAGUCUUGAAGUUUUGGAUUUGUCUCACAAUGCAUUUUCUGGUGAAAUCACAUCUGCUAUUGGAGGUUUAAGCAGCUUGCAUGUUUUGAAUUUAGCAAAUAACUCUCUUACGGGUCCUAUACCAGCUGUAAUUGGUGAGUUGAAAACAUGUUCUAGUCUUGACUUGAGCUAUAAUAAGCUAAAUGGAAGUAUACCUUGGCAAAUAGGAGGAGCUGUGUCAUUGAAAGAACUGGUGCUGAAAAAGAACUUCCUAAAUGGGAAAAUUCCAACGUCAAUUGAGAACUGCUCUUUGCUAACCACACUGACCCUGUCCCAAAACUGGCUGAGUGGCCCUAUACCUGCAGCAGUUGCAAAACUUACCAACUUGCAAACUGUGGACUUAUCUUACAACAACCUUACUGGAAACCUUCCUAAGCAACUGGCCAACCUUGCCAAUCUUCUUUCCUUCAAUUUAUCUCACAACAACCUGCAGGGUGAACUGCCCGCUGGUGGUUUUUUCAACACCAUUUCGCCCACCUCUGUUUCUGGCAAUCCAUCACUUUGUGGCGCAGCAGUAAACAAAUCAUGCCCUGCUGUCCUCCCAAAGCCUAUUGUUCUAAAUCCAAACACUUCUACUGACGUUAGCCCAGGUGCAUUGCCUCAAACUUUGGGUCACAAAAGAAUCAUUCUCAGCAUUUCGGCACUCAUUGCCAUUGGUGCAGCUGCUGUCAUUGUAAUUGGUGUUAUUAGCAUCACUGUUCUCAAUCUUCGAGUGCGCUCCUCCACAUCUCGAGAUGCAGCUGCCCUCACAUUUUCUGCAGGAGAUGAAUACAGCCGUUCCCCUACUACAGAUGCCAACUCUGGCAAGCUUGUCAUGUUUUCUGGUGAGCCUGAUUUCAGUUCUGGUGCACAUGCUUUGCUCAAUAAGGAUUGUGAGCUUGGGCGUGGAGGAUUUGGUGCAGUGUACCAAACGGUUCUUAGAGAUGGUCAUUCAGUUGCAAUAAAGAAGCUCACUGUAUCAAGCCUUGUCAAGUCUCAAGAAGAUUUUGAAAGAGAAGUGAAGAAGUUAGGAAAAAUCAGACACCAAAACCUCGUGGAACUUGAGGGUUAUUAUUGGACACCAUCGCUGCAGCUUCUUAUAUAUGAAUACGUCUCUGGUGGUAGCCUGUAUAAGCAUCUCCAUGAAGGAUCUGGUGGAAACUUCCUCUCAUGGAAUGAGAGAUUUAAUGUGAUUCUUGGAACCGCCAAGGCCUUGGCACACUUGCACAAUUCCAACAUCAUUCACUAUAACAUCAAGUCAACAAAUGUCCUUCUCGACAGUUAUGGUGAACCGAAGAUAGGAGACUUUGGCCUAGCAAGGCUGCUACCUAUGCUUGACCGAUAUGUCUUGAGCAGCAAAAUCCAGAGUGCGCUCGGCUACAUGGCACCAGAGUUUGCCUGCAAAACAGUGAAGAUCACCGAGAAGUGUGAUGUAUACGGGUUUGGUAUCCUGGUGUUGGAGAUUGUUACAGGGAAGAGGCCAGUGGAAUACAUGGAGGAUGAUGUGGUGGUACUUUGUGACAUGGUGAGAGGCACUUUGGAAGAAGGUAGGGUGGAGGAAUGCAUUGAUGAGAGGCUCCAAGGGAAAUUCCCAGCAGAAGAAGCCAUUCCUGUAAUGAAGCUAGGCUUAAUAUGUACUUCUCAAGUGCCAUCUAACAGGCCUGACAUGGGAGAGGUAGUUAACAUAUUGGAGCUGAUAAGAUGUCCCUCUGAAGGACAAGAAGAAUUGGGAUGAAUUAACUUGCUGUUUUCUUUACUAGUAGGAUAGACAAUGGGUUUUCCGGGGAAGAAGAAUCCGGUUUAUUUAUUGAAGAGAGAGAGAGAGAGAGAGAGAGAAAUUAUUUGUUGCAAAAUGUUUACUUUCCAUUGUAAUUUUUCCUUCUUAGUCUCUAGUUGUUUGUUUUAAGAUUUCUCUUUGUUAUGCUACUACACCUAGGAUGCCGGAUUCCUUUUCACCGGGUUCCAUUUCGGACCCCCCCUGAAUAUUGUUGCUUAAUUACUCAUCUUUCAUAUUCUAGUUUGUUUGUUUUGGUGUCA